UUUAGAAUACCCUGACCAUGGAGUACCUGCAGGAUCUCCAAAUCACUCUAAACUGGUUAAUGAGCAUAGUAGUUGAGGUUCUGGAUUGACAUCUCCCUCUAAGAACUUCCAUCCCGAGCCUGAGGAGACAACUGAAUUUGAUCAGCAUCAUAGCAUUCAGAUAACUGUUUAAGAAGUCUAAAGGAGCUUUUAAGGACAAUAAUUAUAACUUCAGCAAAAUACGAGACCGACCAAAAAGGUUCAUAAAUUUGAGAGCAAGGGAUACCAGAAAUCACGGAAUUUUGAAGGGCACGAAACUGAAAGAUUGUAUCAAAGUCUCAUCUGCACAGGCUGUCAAAACACAAAGAGAUAGUAAGAAUUACAUCACCAAAACUAUUAAAGAUAGCCAACUGGCUUAUGAAACUCAGGACCUUAAUCCCUGCCUUAAAAUAAUCGGCUCAGAGGAAGGAUAUGAACUACCCAUGGUAAGGAGACUGAUCCCAAAAUCACGACUGAAACAUUAUGAGAGCUGCAUCAAUCGCCAAGGACUGACUCAGAGAGACCAGAAGCAGGUGGCUCAACAAUCUGAGUUACAAUACGAACAGUCUUAUUCAAGUAAUUCUGUGAAUCGGCCUCAAGGCCAGAAAUGUAUCAGGAAGUCAUCCAAAGUAGCUAAGAAUAGCUUGAAAGGGUUAUAAUAGUUCUGAACAAUAAAUUAAUGAGAAACAGGCCUAAGAAUAUCCGUCCCAAAAAGAGAGCAGGUAGGAACCUUACUCACUCUUUUGGUGUGAGCAAAUGAGUGUCUUCCAAAACGAUAAACGCUCAGACUCAAGUUUCAUCAAGGUCUAUAAGCCAGAACCCUUCAUCAAAGAGAAACAGGAGAGUUAAAAAGUCUGAAGAUCUCAAAUAAGUAUGUCUCAAUGCAUGCAGGCAAGAGAAAUAUCAGGCUCAAAAGGUCCAUCCUUGUCAGCAAGAUGAAGAACAAUAAUUCAAAGGUUUUGAAGAAUGUUGGUAUAAAUCAAGCAUUGAAGCACAGAAAAUCUGUGGAUGGAAACCAGUACCAGGAUUACUCCUACCAGAAAGAUACUUCAUAUCUGUCUAUAAGUAGCUUGGUUUCUCAUAGACCACUUGCGUGCGCUUCAAAGAAAAGUCUCCUAAUUCCUAGCUCCAACUGGGAAUCAGCAAGAAGCUUUAUCAAAAAUAAGAACAUAUUUCAGAACAAGAGAGCAUCAGAGGAAGUGUCAGCCGAGCCAAGAAGGAUGAGCAUCUUCUGUAUAAGAAACAGGUUUUAAGACAAUA